AAGAAAAAAGAUACUGCUCAUCAGCGGAACCGGAAAAGGAAAACGCAUGGAUUAGUGUAUUAGAACUCUUAUCAUCUCGGGUGCACCCGACUUUACGCUGCCGUCCAAAAUAGACCCAUGCAAUUUGCAUUUCCAUGCUGGAAUAACGUAGCCCAUCCUUUAAUACAGGCCCGUUUUUUUGACUUUGGUGAAGAACGGGGGCUAUUGUCCCGGACUAACGUUAGUGUUUUACUCGCAGCGUCAAGCCACCCACCAUCUGUGGAAGUGGGACAUGGGAACAGAUGGCGCAUCCAAGCCGGCCUGCAGGGCUGCUGACGCGGACUAUUAGGACAGCACUGGAAACGAGUAUCGGUCAAUAAAAGGAAAGGUUGUCAUUAGCUGUUACACAGGGUAUUGCGCUGACUUGACCACGAUCAGUGACUUGGCUAAGAGUGUGUGUGACCGAAAGCAAUUACAGAAUUGACCAAAUUGAUGAGUGACGACUCGACCCGACCACUGGCGUCAACUUAAUCCCUUUUGGACGUGUAUCUGGCUCGGUGAACAAUGGUUGACAACCGCUACGCUACAGCUCUGGUCAUCGCCUGUGUGCUGAGCGUGCUGGCCACCGUGUAUCUGUCGGUGGCCAUCGGGACGCAGCACUGGUACCAGUACAGCAGCCCCGCCGUGCGCGGAGAGGCCAACGUGUCCGAGCUGCGCUCACUGUACGAGGAGUUCAUGGACGGGGAGUUCGAUGAGAAAACCUACAGCGACACCUUAUUUCGCCUCAACGGGACCGUGGGCCUCUGGUGGCGGUGUGUGCUCGUUUCUACCAACGCUCACUGGCACAAAGAGCGAGAUGCCACGAUGAUGCUGGAGUGUCGAAGCUUCACUCUCUCUCAGCAGUUCACUCCCAAGUAUAAAGAACCAGGCAACCACAACAGUGGAGAGGACAUGCUGCGCACCUAUUUGUGGAGGAGCCAGUUUUUGCUGCCACUGGUGUCCUUGGGUCUGGUGGUCUUGGCAGGCCUGACUGGAUUCUGUGCCAGCCUCUGCCGAAGCCUCACCCCGACACUUGGCAUUGGAAUACUUCACCUCCUGGCUGGCCUCUGCACCUUAGCCACAGUGUGCUGCUACCUGGCUGGGAUGGACUUGCUCCACAGGGUGUCGAUGCUGCCUGAUAAGGUGGAUGGCUCUCUGGGCUGGUCCCUCUACUUGGCCCUCAUUUCCUCGCCGCUCCACAUGAUGGCCGCUGCACUGCUAGUGUGGGCGGCACGCAGUCACAGUCAGAACUACUACCGCAUGAGCGCCUACCGGGUGGCAUAGGCUGAGAUUCGGCUCUGGAUCUCUGCCCCUGUUUUAGAUGUAUACCCUCCUCUGUCACCAAGACGCAUUUCAUAAUGAUCUCGAAAUCAAGUUGUGGACUCUUGACAAAGAGUUUCAAGACACGACGCUUCAAUCGGUACAACAAUAAUUGUGUCAGUGUUUACCCUGCUAUGACAUGUCAAAAUGGUUGCUGUGAAAAGGGACUAUUAUGUACAGUACUACAUAAUAUGUACUAGAACAACAUUGGAUAUGGAAUUGGCAGAAAGCAUUUGUUCCUCAGUCUAUUGCACUUCUGUCUACACCCAAGAUUCACAUUGAUUGGGUGUGGUGACAUUUCCCCUUUGUUGCACUUGAUCCAUGUUGUUUGACAGCAAGACAAAAACCUUUUACACAUCCACAAGAUAGUUUAUUAUGACUGGUUUGCUAUGGUGUCUAGCGACGACUAGAGACUAUUGUGUAUAUUGUUUUGUUAUUGCAAAAAGAGUUGCGUCCCUUUUUGUUUCAUUUAUUUAUUCAUGGCCAUUAUUAAGGU